GAAAUGCAAAUAAAUCAAGAUGCAAUCACGUCCUUUACUCGUCUGAGCUAAUCGGAUCUGAUCGGAUUGCUCCGAGGACAUGUUUCAUAAAUCGGAUUAGUCUAGGGAAUUUUUUCUAAAGUCAGUUUAUAUCACUGCUUCCAAUUCGAUUACAAAUCAGAUUGCUAGAAAUAAACACUCCUUGGCUGCGUUCCGAUAUUCACUGCCAGUACUGGCAGCACUGCGAAUGCCGUUCCGAUAUUCGCGACAGUAAACUUUCAAAGCAUUUUCGUGUCCAUAUGACGUAAUAGAUUUUGUCGUCACUUCCUGCUUUCGUUACUGCGGCUCGCGAGGUAAGGCAUUCGCAGUAGAAAAAUGGCGGCACCUAUAGAAGAAGUGUGUCUGAUCGAUGCGGAAGAUAACAAAGAAUAUAAAAUAAUAUUAAGUAGCGGAGAUGCAGAAAAAGCACGAAGAAAUAUGAAUUUUGCAACGUUGUUGUUGGCAAAAGCCAAAGAACAAUAUAUGUUACCACAAGCAACGAGUGAACGGUGUCAGGGAAUCUUUUUCUCAUCAGUUAUCCGUGCUUCGUAUUUGAUUUUAUGCCUUUUGAUAACUGCAGAGAUAUUCGUCAUUAAGAUCCCAGCACUUUUACUAGGCAGAAGCCAUUGUUUUAAAGAUUCAUAAAAGCACAUCGAUCAGCAAAAUUGAAGCUUUCAUUCAAGAAUGGCUAUGACGAGCGGGAGACAGAAUAAGAGCCCUACUAAAAAAAUAAAUGGGAAUAUAUUAAGCAAUUUAAUGUAAAAGAUGGAGUUAUUUUAUUUUUUGUUCACAAAACUCUAAUUUUUUUUAAUUUACAAUUAUAACGUAUGCAUUUAUUUUUAUCAGAUGUUAAUUACAUGUGUAUACGAAUAUAAAG